AUGGUACCGAUCGUCGCGCCAGGCGUCUUCGAGCUGCGCUCCGACGGCUUCGAACUAUUCACGCCGCCGACGCCGUUCUCUCAGCCCCCCAAGCCGCCGCACUUCGUCAUGGUGGACGACCUCAACGAGGUCUUCUACGACGUCGGCUACGACACGGUCCACGUCAAGAACACACUCUCAUGGACGGAGCUGGCGCUGCACCGCGUGCCCGACCCGGCGAUCACGUUCCUGCCGGGCCAGGCCGAGAAGCUGCACCGCGACGGCUUUGCGACGGGGAUGCUCGUGAGUAUCGAGUCACGGACCCCACGAGAACCACCAGCAGUGGGAGAUGGGGCAGAACCACAAGAAGUCUUCUCGGCGCGCAGGAUCGGCAACGUCAAUGUGCGCGUCCUGGACAAGAAAUUCAUGAACUGGUCCGCGCUGGCGUCCUUGAAGGGUCCGGAACUCCCCGAAGAGAUGAAGGAGGGUCUCCUCCGGCGUGUCUGGAACAGACGGCCCGGGGCCGCUGCAGCAACGGCGGCACAGUCAAUCCCGUAUGUUACUCCGGGCAGCGUCUUGGAUGAGAUGAGCAACCCCUGGCACACGGAUGGCGAUGCGCUCAAUUAUGAGCUGGACCAGAGGUUCGUCGGCGCGUUGGCUCUGCCAGAGCAGGUUUGGCAUUUGAGACUUUGA